AUGCCAACUUCAUCGUCUCAGAGAAGCCGCUUUCUGAAGCGGUACUACUACUGAACGACUUCCUGGUGCCUGGGAAUUAGAAGUUUAAUAUCUUCCUAAUUUAUCUACUGUUGUGUUUCUUUGAACCACCGCGAGGCUCAUAUAGCAGCUCGACGCCAUAAACGGUCUGAAUACGAAAGCGGAAGAAGUGUUUGGCUAAAGUAGUUAGCUGCGGGUCGGUUCGCUCCCUUCUCGCCGUCAUGCCUUGAGUUCCCCGAGAUUACGCUGCGUGAACGAGAACACGCACCAGUAGGUUCUGUGGGUUCGCUCAGAGAACACGUCGGAGAACCGAAGAGAGCCGGACUACCCAGUGCGGGGGCUGGUGUGUUAACUGUACAGAACCGGCUCCACUCCCCGAGGCUCCCCGAUGAGAUUAGUGGGGAUGUGCCACUGAGUCCCACCGAGAAAUGCUCGUAAAACUAAGCCGCUGUCAAAGCCUCUGAGGGAGACUUCUCAAGCCGGUGCCAAAUAUCAUCCGUGUCAGGCUGCUGAAAUGCUGACUGGUAACAGGAAGCGACACCGUAGCGGUGACAGCGCUGAAGACCAGCAGCUGAACCCUCAGGCCAAGAGGUCAGGAGGGGGUCCCUGCCUGCUGGUGUCGGACCUGGACUCGGAGUCCUCCAGCAGCGACAGCAGCAACGGAACCAGCAGUCCAGAAAGGGCAGCUGAGGCCAGCGCCGGGCCGAGCACGCGCCACCAGAAGAACUGCUGCAGACCGGAGCGCGAAGACUCGGCUGGCUCCUGGCAGCGCCGUCUCCAUGGACACGGGCAGAGCGCCUCCUACGACCACAUCAACAGAAUCCUGCGGGAGGCGCACUUCAGCAGCCUGCAGACCAGAGGGUGGCUGGGCUCGACGUGACCUUUGACCUCUUCUGUCGUCUUAUUUAGUGCUGAAACCUUUGACGCCGUCACAGCAUCCUGGCGCAGGGUGUCAGGGGUGGAGGCUGGGGUGUGUGUGCGGGUGUGUGUGAGUGGGAGGUUACGGGAGCCGCUCGGCUCGUCUUAUCAUUGGUUGAGACCAUAAGCACAUCUACGACGGCGUAUUAGUAUCGUAGUUAGAA